AUCGUAAACAUUGAACAACGGUCUCACAAACUUAUAAUAUAUCAUACCACAUCACGACGCUCAACACAAACACACACGGAAAAAGUUCAUUUUUUUUUCAAAUAUUUCAACUUCACAAAAUAUCAAUUUUCAAAAAUAAAAAUAAUAAAAUGGAAUCAUCUACGUUCAUCAAACUACGAAUUGAAGAAAUGUAUGAACGGCGUGAAACAAAUUUUACCGAUGCAGACGAAGAAGAAAAGAUACACAAAGAAAAAAUAAGAAUAAUAAACCAAAUUAUUAAAAAAUUAAAAGAUGAAAAAAAACAACUUAAACUUAACUAUGAAAAAUCACAAUAUGCAUUAUUUAAAUCUGAAUUAAAUAUACGCAAUUGUUUAAAUUCGCUGCACAAACAAUUAGAAUCUUUGAAUCUAGACUAAAACUAUUCUAAAACUUUGCUAUAUUUAUCAUAUAAUAAUAUACAUUAAAUAAUAUAAUGAAAUGAAUAUGAAUAUGAAUAUGAAUAUGAACAAUUAAUGUAUUAUUAUUAUUAUUUUUUUUUUUUUUUAAUAUAAAUUUAUUUACAGUUACAUAAUGAAAAGAAAUACAAUUACUAAACGUAGACGGAUGGAAUCAGCUGUUAAGGGUGAACUUGUUGAAAUUGAACGAUUUAAAAACUGUUCGAGAACGUUUAUUGUUAAAAACAAGGAAGAAAUAAUAGACUACUAUGUAUUUUUUAGUUAUGUUUCUGAAAUGUUAAUUUCUAGGUUAACACAAUCAAGCCAGCAGUCAACAAUUAAAUUUAAUUUACAUGUUGAUAGCAUGUAUGAACAACUAUUAACGAAUGAAGUACAAGAUAUGUCAUUUAAAACAACAAACGUAUUAGCAUGCAAAUCAUCCAAUUUUAAUAGCUUAUUAAACAAAAUGUUUAACAAACUAUUAUCUGAGGAAGAACAGUUUAUAUCAAAAAAAUCAGGCUGGUCACUUAAAUCUAUAGAUUGUAUACAAUUACGAAUUAAUACAGUUAAUCCUCUUAAAGGAGGAAAAACAUAUUUAGAUUUACCUAGUCAUAUUAAAAAAAAAGCAGUUAUUAAUGUAAAAAAUAACGAUAACGAAUGUUUCAAGUAUUCAAUACUAAGUAAGUACGAUAAUCGUUUGAAUAAAUCUCGGUUUAACAAAAAAUAUUUUGGUAUGUUAGAAAAAAAAAGUGGGUUUAAUUUUAAAUGCAUCGAUUUUCCAACACCUAUAACUCAGUUAAAAAAAUUUGAAAAAAUAAACAAUGUAUCAAUAAAUAUUUACAGCUUAGAUGAUAAUAAUGUAAUUUACCCAUUACGUAUAACUAAUAUUGAAAAAAAAAAAAAUCAUUUUGAUCUUUUUCUAUUUGGUGAUAAUAAUACAGCUCAUUAUUGUUAUAUUAACAACUUCUCGAGGUUUAUUAGAAGCCAAAGAACUAAAAAUUGUUCAAAAUUGAUUAUAUGUAAGAGAUGUUUUACAAGUUUUGGAAAUAAACCGUGUAAAAGCAAACUUUGGGGUGAAACAGGAUUAAUUAGACAUAAAGAAAUGUGUAUUAAAAAUAAAUUAGGAAGACCUAUAAUGUUUGAAAAAGGAGAUGACGAUUUCAUAUAUUUCAAAAACUAUAAAAAUACUCAACGAAUCCCAAUUGUUAUAUACGCUGACUUCGAAUGUAUUUUAAACCCUAAACAACCUGAUAAAUUCUUUCAAAAUGGUAAAAAAAAAAAAACUCAUAUCACACAUUUACAUAAACUUAUGAGUUACGGGUUUUAUGUAAAAGUUGACUAUAAUAUUAUUUCGAAAAAAUUAAUAAAAAAGUUUGAAAUUCCUAGAAAAGUAGUAAUAUACAGAGGUAAAAAUGCUGCAAAAAAAUUUAUGAAUAGUAUGAUAAUUAUAGGAAAUAAAAUUAAUGAUAUUUAUAAAACUAAUUUACCAAUUAACGAAUUGACUUUAAAAGAAGAAAAAAAUUUUCAAAAAGCUAAGGUUUGUGAAAAAUGUUUAUUAACUUUUAAAGAUAAUAAUUUGUUAAAAGUUCGAGAUCACUGUCAUAUAACUGGAAAUUAUAGACGAUGUAUUUGUGUAAAAUGUAAUUUUCAGCUAACUAAUCCAUCAUUUGUACCAAUCUUCUUUCAUAAUCUAGCAUAUGACAGUCACUUUAUAAUUCGAGAACUUGGAUGUAACGAUAAAGAUAUUCAUGUUAUACCUAAUUCAUCUGAAAAAUAUAUAUCAUUUAGUAAAGCAAUCGCACCAAAAUUUAACAUAAAGUUUGUUGAUACAUACCGUUUUAUGGCUGAAAAAUUAAGUAAACUAGCAAAAAAUUUAUCGGAAGAUAAGUCGAGGUUUAGAGAAACUAUUAAAAUAUUUUCUAUUGAAGUGUUAGAUUUAGUUACACGAAAAGGAGUCUUCCCUUAUGAAUAUGUUGAUAGUUGGAGUAAACUUAAUGAUUCUUUUUUACCUUCAAAGCUUAAUUUUAUAGCACUCUAACCGAUGAAAAUAUUACUGAUGACGAUUAUAUACAUGCGAAAAAUGUAUGGAACGUGUUUAAUAUAAAGACAUUAGGUGAAUACAGUGAUCAUUAUUUAAAAACUGAUGUUGCUAUACUAGCUGAUGUGUUUGAAAAUUUCAGAGACUUAUGUUUAUCUACUCUUGAGCUAGAUCCUGCUUAUUAUAUGACUGCUCCAGGAUUUGCGUAUGACUGUAUGCUUAAAUAUACUAAGAUCGAAUUAGAAAGGUUAAAAUGUCCUAACAUGCUUUUGUUUAUCGAGAACUCAAUUCGUGGGGGAAUAACUCAAUCAACUAAAAGGUAUGCUAAAGCAAAUAUACCAAAUAUUGAAGGAUUGAAUUAUAAUUCUAACGAACCGAUUACAUGGUUAACAUAUCUUGAUUGUGUAAAUUUAUAUGGAAAGUCUAUGUUAACAGAAUUACCUUUUAAAGAUUUUGAAUGGGUUGAUGACUUAAAUAUAGACGUAACUAAAAUUGCUGAUGAUUCUGAAGUUGGAUAUAUAUUAGAAGUUGAUGUCGACUACCCUAAAAAUUUGCAUAAAACUCAUAAUGAUUUCCCGUUUUUACCGUUAAACGAAUGUCCACCAAAUUCUAAUGUUAAGAAAUUGUUAACUACACUAUUACCGAAAAAAAACUAUAUUGUUCAUUACAAAAAUUUAAAACAAGCGAUUUCUCACGGUCUUAAACUUGUAAAAAUUCAUCGAGCUAUCCGAUUUUCUCAAAAGAAAUGGAUGGCAUCGUACAUUGAAUUAUGUACUAAAAUGAGAACAGAAGCUAAAAACGAGUUUGAAAAAGAAUUCUGGAAGCUUUUAAUUAAUAGUGUUUUUGGAAAAUGUAUGGAGAAUGUUCGAACAAGAAUUUCUAUAAAACUGAUUUCGUCAGAAAAAAAAGCUAAUAAAUUAAUGGCAAAAACUAAUUUUAAAGAUAGAACUAUAUACUCUAGGAAUCUUAUGGCUAUUCAUCAACAUAAGGAAACUAUUAAAUUCGAUAAGGCGAUUUAUGUAGGAUCUGCAAUUUUAGACGUUUCAAAAACUUUUAUGUAUGAUUUUCAUUAUAAUGUAAUGAAAAAGAAAUAUGGUAGAAAAAUUAGUUCUUUAUAUUCGGAUACAGAUUCCUUGGUAUAUAGCAUUCAAACGAAAAAUUUUUUCGAUGAUUUAAAAAAUGAUUUAUUGCCAUAUUUUGACACAUCUAAUUAUCCUAAAGACCAUUAUUGCUUUAGUGAAAUUCAUAAAAGCCAACCAGGAUUCUUCAAAGACGAACUUAAAUCAAUAAUUCUUAAAGAAUUCAUUUCAUUGAGACCGAAAUUAUACGCUUAUAAAACCAUAGAUGAUACUGUAGAAAAAAAAGCAAAAGGUGUAAAAAAAUAUGUAAUAAAAAAUCAUAUGAAAUUUAUUGAUUACAUAGAGAUAUUAAAUGCUUUUAUCAACCAUAGACCUGUUGAGAAAAAACAAUCUCACAGAAACAUGAAUUUCAUUCAAUCGAAUAAACAUGUUGUUCAUUCAAAAACAAUGAACAAGCUUGUUCUCAGUGCUAAUGACGAUAAAAGAUAUAUAAUGAAUGAUGGGAUAAAUACAUUGGCGUAUGGUCAUUACAAACUCACAAGAUAAUUUAAUUAAAAACUUAAUGAUUCAACAAUCAGUAGGUAUAUACAGCGUUAUUUAGCGAAAUAUUAUACAAAAUUCAACAGCUUUAUUAUUUUUUAUUGAAUAAAUUUAGCACUAGGAGCGGUAUUACACAACAGCUUUAUUAUUUUUUCAUUGAAUAAAUUAUUACUAUAUAGCGCUUUCUGUUUAUAUCAAUUGUGGAUAUAUUAAGUUUUUUAAAAAUAGACUACGGAGUACUAGGAGAGCAUGUGAAAUAAUUAAUUUUACUUGAUAAAAAAAUUUGUAUAAUAUAAUAUUUUUUAUUAUAAAAAUGUGUCAUACAUUAAAAAAAAAAAAAAAAAAAUCUUUAUUUUAAAAUAUCUGAUGAUGUUAUCCAUGAAUUUUGACUCGAAUCGAAACCUAGCCAUUUAACAAACAUUUUAUUACCAACUUUUUUUAUAAUACGUUCAACGAGGAAAGUGUCUGGAAAAUCAGUUAAUUUAAUUUCCUGCUCGUAAAAACCACCUAAGAUUAUAUUGUCUGAUCCAUCUUUUAGUUGAUAAGUUACUGGAUUUGUCUGUAAAACUUUUGAAACUGUAAAUAUUUCCGUUGUCCAAUUUGGUGUAUAUCCUUUACUAAAUAUAUGUUUAUACUUAGAUAUUCUUACUUUGUCAUUAACUUUUAAUUUUGGUUUGUAUAAUGUAUCAUUAAAUUGUGUAUUAAAUUUAAUUUUGUUUGUAUCCGCUCGAGCUUCAUUCGGUGUACAUUUGAUUGUUCUAUGUUUUGUGUUAUUAUAGUUAUACAUAAUUUUCGAUAUUGUAUUAUACCAAUUCCAUGUACCUGUUGCAGUAAAAUGUUUAUAUAUAUUAUUUUUAAGAGUUUGUAUGACACGUUCAGCCAUCGAACACUUAAUAACACUGUAUGAACUGUAAUGUUUAAUUUUAUAUUUUUUCAUUAAAUUUUGAAAUUGAAUAUUAUAAAAUUCUGUACCAUUAUCUGUUUGUAACAAUUUUGGAUGAGCUUUUUUCAAUAUAUUAAACAUACCAUUUGUACAUUC